CACCAGUUAAAAUACUCAAAGAAAAUUACGAGAAGAGUAGCAUUAUUGACCAAGCACAAGCCUACAGAAGCAUAGUCCAUGUGUUGGCUGAUGAUGACCUUAAUGUCGAUUCUACUGUGCAUGAGAUCCACACUUGGGAGCAUGAUUUUUACGCCAUUGGAAAUGCAGCGAUGUUGGGGUCCUUUGGUUCUAUGUAUAUGUAGAUUUUAUAUCCAUUGUCUGAAUUGCAUC